CUCGAUACAUGAUCAAGAUUUCUUUUGGGCGUCAUUCUUCUCGUCAGUGGCAUGACUUCCUCAAGGCCAAUAGUCGACCUAGCUCAGUGGUUCCAUACUGGAAAAUCUCUAGCGAACAUCUACUUGCACUCUACAUCUAAACCAACACAAUGCCUUAAUUCAUAGAGAGAGGGGGAGAGAAAGUGUAUGAAAGAGAAGAAGAAGAAGACAAGCCCAUGAGUAAUGUACUAAAGUAGGGAAGGCAAACCAGAUCCGCCCGGUGGAUAUUCCCUGAUCUUAUCUGCAAUGGGGCCCCCAUUAGUAAUGCACUAAAGCAGUCACCCAGCUAGCUAUUCAUUUCGCAGAGACCCAGCAUGCAUGCCAUCCCCAAUCAAUUCCCUAGAUAGCCACCCUGCAUGCCAUCCCUUCCCUAAUCAAUUCUCAUAAAUAAACCCUGCAUCCGAGAAAUCUAUCUCGCAAGGGACGGGAUACGGUGACAACCCCCUUGGGGGUUGUCAGAUUCACAACCAAGGGUAUUUUGGAUAUUAAAAAAAAUAUAUUAAUUACCUUUUUGUAUUAAUUAUAUUGGGAAUUAAAAACCCAUAUUAAAUACAAUUUUUUUUCUAAAAUUUAAAUCCUAUACAUUAAUAUCUCUAUCUAUCUCUCUCUCUUCCUUUCUCCAGCAGCCACUCCGCAUCGACCGACAAACUUUUUCUCCGGCGAAUUCUCUCCGGCAGACUCCCUCCGGCAACCUGAAAAAAAUGUACCAAUGCGUUAAUAAGUGUACCAAUCUAUUAGUCUACUGGUAAUUAAUAUACCAGUGCUAGUGGUACGCUACCAGUAAGUUAAAAAAUGUACCAGUACUAGCGGUACCAGUAAAAAAAUGUACCAGUACUAGUGGUACGCUACCAGUACAACGCUACCAGUAGAGAAUAACACAACGCUACUAGCACUGGUAGCGCUACCACUAGCAUUGGUAGCGAUACCAGUAGCAAAUAACACAAAAAAAAAACAGAUGAUAGUGGUACCAGAUGAUAAGGGAGCCACUGGUAUUGGUACCGGUGAGUGGUGGUAGCGUACCAAUAGCGCUACCAGUGGUAUUGGUACCGGUAGAGACUAUCAGAUCUGGAAAAAAAUAGGGAUGAGUCUUGACCUCGCGGUGGCGGCGACAUAAAAAUGGUGGCGGCAGGGGAGGACAGCGGCGCGGCGGGGCGCAGGGGGAGGGGGGGACAACUGCUUCCCCUUGAUUGUCUUCGUGGUGGUGCUUAUGGGAAGCUGCUACAGGUGGUGGAGGCCGGCGGCAGGGGGUGGAGAGAUGCUGAUGGUGGGAGGAGAGAUGCUGAUGGUGGGUGGAGAGAGGGAGGAGGCCGGCGGCAGGUGGUGGAGGGCGGCGGCAGUGCUGUCUGGAGAGAGGGAGGAGGGAAAGAGAGGGAGGAGGCCGGCGGCAGGUGGUGGUGGCCGACGGCAGUGCUGUCUGGAGAGAGGGAGGAGGGAAAGAGAGAGAUGAGGGGGAGAGGGAGAGGGAGGAGUUAGGGUUUUUAUUUUAUUUAUAUGGGAGGGAGAAUGAUUGGGUGUGUUAACAUUUUUCCUUUCCAAAAAUACCCUUCUUUUAAUCCUAACCAUCAACUUAAAAAAAGAAGAAAGAGACAGGAGAGAGAGUGUAUCCAACGGUUAGUGAGUGGGUUGUGAAUCUGACAACCCCCUUGGGGGUUGUCACCGUAUCUCAUCCCAUCUCGCAAUGGCCAAUUCCCAAUUCCCCAAUCCACAAUCUCCACCCUUAUGCCUUUAUUGAAACUAUUCUUCCUCUCCCAAUGGCCAAUUCCCCAAUUAUCAAUCUUCCAAUUACUCCUUCUAUUUCCUUAUUGAAAAUAUAAACGUGAACAAAAGGUGAAUUGCUCUCUUAGAGGAGCUUUUUUUUCUUCUUCUUCCAACGCCAUUGGAGAGGAACUCGGUAUGGCUACUGCCUAGUGGCUACUGGGAUUUGACACCAUAUGCUCUAAAUUGAUGAAUGAAGAUAUGUCAAUACUAGUGGAUGGACCAGAGCGGGUAUUACCUUAUCCGUGCGGGGCAAUGGAUGGACCAUAAUUUAGUUAAGCGUCCUGGAGCAUGGGGCAGGGCGGAUCAGUGUUCGAUGAGCCGGGAUAGAGCACGGAUUCAAUUUUAUCCGCUCUGUUCUCGCUUUGCUAUCAUUCCUACACUAAAGUGAGGGUAGAUAGGCAUCUGGUACCCAGUUGGAUUCUCGAUGUGGGUAGAGUGAAUGAAUAAUGUUUAUGGUU